CACGUGAUAUGGAAGUGGGUCCCACGGUAGUGAUCCCGCGCGCUCUUAUAAAAUGCGAUUCUUCUGUUUGGCCUUCUUUCCACUGCGAGGCAGGUCCUCUUCCUCAAACUCAACUGCUGAAGACGGAUACUCUUUCAGAGCUGUUCUGACGCUGAACCAUCAAGAAUUGGUGAAAUUCAUAUUAUUUGGAGGCGGCAAUAUGGACUAUGUUUAUGGACCAGGAAGGAAUCAUCUAUUUGUCCCUGGGCCAGUUAACAUCCCAGAGCCAGUCAUCCGGGCAAUGAACAGGAACAAUGAGGAUUAUCGUUCUCCGGCAGUUCCUGCGCUGACAAAAACUCUGCUUGAAGAUGUGACAAAGAUCUUUAAGACAACCAGUGGUACUCCAUUUAUUAUCCCGACAACAGGAACUGGUGCAUGGGAGAGUGCACUUACCAAUACACUGUCACCGGGAGAUCGAAUUGUAUCUUUCCUGAUUGGUCAAUUCAGUUUGCUCUGGAUUGAUCAACAGCAGCGUCUUGGCUUCAAGGUCGAUGUUGUAGAAAGUGACUGGGGUGAAGGUGCCAAACUUGACGUUCUGGCAUCAAAACUUGCGGAAGAUACUGCACACACCAUUAAGGCCAUUUGCAUUGUUCAUAAUGAGACAGCAACUGGAGUUACCAACAACUUGGCUACGGUCAGAAAAAUACUUGAUCACUAUCAGCAUCCGGCCCUCUUUCUUGUUGAUGGAGUAUCAUCAAUAUGUGCUCUUGAUUUCCGUAUGGAUGAAUGGGGAGUAGAUGUGGCUUUGACUGGCUCUCAGAAAGCUCUUUCUCUUCCAACUGGGAUGGGCAUUGUUUGUGCAAGCCCCAAAGCUUUAGAAGCUUCUAAAACUGCAAAGUCUCUGAGAGUUUUCUUUGACUGGAAUGACUACUUGAAGUUCUACAAGAUGGGAACAUUUUGGCCAUACACCCCAUCCAUCCAACUAUUGUAUGGACUCAGAGCAGCUCUUGACUUGAUUUUUGAGGAAGGACUCGAUAAUGUAAUUGCAAGACACACCCGUCUUGGGAAAGCAACGAGGCUGGCUGUGGAAGCUUGGGGCCUGAAGAACUGCACUCAGAAGGAAGAAUGGUACAGUGACACGGUAACUGCAGUUAUGGUUCCCCCGUAUAUUGAUAGUUCAGAAAUUGUCAGAAGAGGGUGGAAGAGAUACAAUUUAAGCUUGGGUUUGGGCCUUAACAAAGUUGCUGGGAAGGUAUUCAGAAUAGGACAUCUUGGAAACUUGAACGAGUUGCAACUAUUGGGUUGUCUUGCCGGUGUCGAGAUGGUACUUAAAGAUGUGGGAUACCCAGUAAAGCUGGGAAGUGGAGUUGCAGCUGCCUCUGCUUACCUACAGAACACCACUCCUGUGAUCCCUUCCAGGAUUUAACUGCUUCAUGUUACUCUAUAUAAAAUCCACGACUUUUUCUCGCGCACUUCUGAGGCUUUGCCAAAUCUGUACUCACUAUAUUGUUAUUUGUAUUAAUUUGCACUUCGAAGUCUCCAAAUAUGUACUCAAAUACUUUUUGUUCAAUAAUCAAUGAACUUCACUUGUUUAUAGAA